CUUCUUUUCAACCUCUCGAACCAGCCGACUGCAACCAACGCCCCCUCAAUUAACACCCAGGUCAACGCCAACCCUCAAGUUCUGCAACCAUGGGUGCCCUUAAGUACGUCGAGGAGCUUCAGAAGAAGAAGCAGAGUGAUGUUCUGCAGUUCCUUCUGCGAGUCCGCUGCUGGGAACUCCGUCAAUUGAACGUCAUCCACCGCGCCUCGCGCCCCUCGCGCCCCGACAAGGCUCGCCGCCUCGGUUACAAGGCCAAGCAGGGCUAUGUCAUCUACCGUGUCCGCGUCCGCCGCGGUGGUCGCAAGAGGCCUGUGCCCAAGGGUGCCACCUACGGCAAGCCCACCAACCAGGGAGUGAACCAGCUGAAGUACCAGCGCUCCCUCAAGGCCACCGCUGAGGAGCGUGUCGGCCGCCGCUGCGCCAACCUGCGCGUCCUGAACUCCUACUGGAUCAACCAGGACUCCACCUACAAGUACUACGAGGUCAUCCUCGUCGACCCCCAGCACAAGGCCAUCCGCAUCGACCCUCGCAUCAACUGGAUCGUCAACCCCGUCCACAAGCACCGCGAGGCCCGUGGCCUGACUGCUACCGGCAAGAAGUCCCGUGGUCUCAACAAGGGCCACCGCUACACCAAGACCCAGGCCGGCCGCAGAAAGACCUGGAAGAAGAACAACACCCUGUCCCUGUGGCGCUACCGAUAAGCGGCUCGCCCCUGCGGAGGGUGACCGCGUACUGGUGGUGGAUUCUGAGAUCGGGUUGUGGGCGUGGCUUGACGAUGGUUUCGUGCUUCAUGGUCACGGCAAGGGUAAUGGCCGUCUCGCAAAGGGUCACGUUUUCUUAGGGGCACCGCAUAUGUGCAGGUUUUGGGCGUUCAUGAUAGCAAAAGCAAAUCAAAAUACGACGAAUUACGGCAUUGUGCUGCCCGACCCGAAUGCAAUUUUCAAAUUUGACUCCUUUCGA